AUGGUGUUGUAUAUUACAUCGCUAAUUCCACAAUUUAAGCCAAAAAAAAAAAGACAAACGCAAGAAUGGCAUCCAGCUGUUCCAACCGUCGUCUCCUCCUCCUCGAUCCUCGCUGCCGCCGUCCUCCUCUCCGGCCUCGCCGCCGGCCGCCGCUGGGAGUGGGAGAGUCAGUGCCAGCCGGGGGAGGCCUUCCCGCACAACCCGCUCUCCGGCUGCCGCGGCUACGUGAUCAGCCGCGCCUGCCCGGGCCACGGGCCGCGCCGCCCGGAGAUGGCCAAGGCGCGGUGCUGCCGCGAGCUCGCCGCCGUCCAGCCGCGCUGCCGGUGCGAGGCGCUGCGGCUGUUCAUGGACGGCGUGGGCGAGCUGCGCGGGUGCCCGAGGGAGGCGCAGAGGGCCGCCGCCGCCGCGCUCAUGGCGGCGGGGGAGUGCGACCUGCGGGGUGGCUCCGGCGAGACGGCGGUGCUACUGGCCAUGGCUCGUCGGCGACGGCGAUGUGCCAGUGUACUGAGAAGAAGUGAAGCUUGUGAUAUUAUAUUAUUUUCAAAAAAAAAAUGUGGAGAUUGUGAUAUGUAAGUUUUCGAAUAAAGUGUUGCAUCGGUGGAUUGAUCUGAUAUAUUCAGAUCGUCUCAUUCAAAUGCAUUGCGAACUGAAUUAAUAUUAAACGAAUAAUUGAAUUAAUAUUAAACGAAUAA